UGUCUGCGCCUCUUUCUUCUUCUCCACCCUCGUUCUAUUCCCGAGCAUGAUGUGCGAGUCCAAGGACAGCAUGCGUGGGCUGUGCGCCCCUUCCUCCUCUGUGUCGGAGAGCAGUGACUGCGGGGAGGGGGAGCCUCUCUCCAGAGCAGCGCUGCUGUGCCUGCCCCCCUCCCCUCUGCUCACACACAGCCUGCUGGGCAUCAGGGGCCCCAAGUGCCACCUGUCACCCGGGACACGACGCAAGCGAGAGUUCAUCGCAGAGGACAAGAAGGAUGCUGGUUACUGGGACAAGCGGCGCAAGAACAAUGAGGCGGCCAAGCGCUCGAGGGAGAAGAGGCGGUUCAGCGACUUGGUGAUGGAGGGCCGACUGGUGGCCCUGGUGGAAGAGAACACCCGCUUGAAGGCUGAGCUCCUGGCCCUCAAGUUCCGCUACAGCCUGGUACAGGACCCCUCCCUGGGGCAGGCCGUGCUGUGCAGGGGAGCCGUGCCUCCCUUCCAGCCCGGCUUCUGGAGCAUGAAGACGUGCCCCACUGACUUGCUCCCCUCUCAGCUGGAGCCUGGCUGGUUCUCCAAAGCUCCCAGCAGCCACAGCUCCUCCCAGGGCGACCAGAGCCACUGCUGCACCAGCUCCGAAGACGGGUGCACAAGCCCUCUCCCCCAAGCCCGCAGAAGAGGCUCUCAGGCUGGGGGGGUGUGUGAGGAGGAUGGCCCCCACUCUACCAAACCCCAGGCAGACAUCCCUGCUGGGCAGCCCAAAAGCCUCCCCUACAAGCUGCGGUUCAAGUCAAGCUGCGACCAGAGUGAGAGAAGCCUAUACUACCAGCAAGUCUCCUCCUCCAGACACUCCCCGACAAAGGCGUGCCCCCAAGCAGACACUCCUGAACCUGGGCUCCCCUCGCAGACCGGAGCCUUUACGCAGCCCUGGCUGCUCUCCAAUGUAGGUCAUCCUGCUCUCCGAGGAAGCCUGAUUUUCCCCUGGAGAACCCCGGGCUUCUCUGUUGCCCCAGGCUACCCCAAGGUGCCGCUGUACAUGCCCCUGGGGGAGGCCGACUACAGGAAACAGAUCAACAACCUCUCAGCUGAGGUCGCCCAGCUCAAGAGAUACUUUGUACCAGACUGCAGUUAGAUCAGCUCAGGUCAAAGGGGAAAGAUUAUACUUUGUAUUCGGUGUUAUUAAUAUAGGAUUUUAUACAAAUUUUCUACAAUUUUUAUAUGUUUAUUUUAAUAUAUAUCUAUAUAUAUGCUUAUAUGUGAAUGCUGAAUUCAAUCAAAGGUUAUGACAGCGCUUCAGCUCUGUUUUUUAAUAGCGGGUCAUGAUUUAGAUUUGUGUUCAUCCUGGCCAGGAUGGUAUUUGCUCAUGUUGCUGUACCCUCAUGUUAGGUAGCACAUUGUCACAUGGGGGAGGGGGGGUGCUAUUUAAUACACUUCACUUCAUAAACAGUGUUGUCCUGUCAUAUCUCAAAGUGUUUGUAUUUUUGUUCAACUUGUGCAAAAUCGGGUUACCUGUUUUGUUGUUGUUGUUUGUUUGUCUGUUUUUUCUUAUUCGGGGCAUGAUCAUGUAAGGCCGCGGCAUUGAAUUGAAUCGGGGCUGCAGGAAUGCUUGUGGAGGGGAAGAUGUUUUCCUUUAUUGAAGUCUGCAGUGUGUACACGGCACGGAGACCUGCACGGCGUCAGAGUUACUCGACAUCUGACAGUUAUUAUAAUGAACUGGGCUAUGACACAG